AUGGUUGGUUAUCGUGUUUUUCUCUUUAAUGCUUAAGUUUUGGUUUACAUUUGCGAGUUUUCCGUUAAUGUUUUAAAGCAGUUAGAUCCAUUUUGAAUUCGUAAUAAACUUUCCCAGAAGACCAGUUUACUAUAUAUUAUGAAACCAGACUAUGAAAACUGAACUGACUCCAAAUUUUUCGGUUAGAUUCUUCAGGUUAAAGGCGAAAGAGGAGACAUAGUGGGAGAAAAAUCUGGACUGUAAAACUAAAUUUUCUUGUUUUUCUCACGGCACUCGUGUAUUCCAGUCACCAGUUCGUCUCUUCAAGUUUAUUUAAUGAAGCAUCUCGUCCGCAGGUCCCUCUUUAGGAGAUCCAGGAUUUAUGCGAGAUCAUCGAUAGUACUUGCAUAAGACCGUCUGAGGAUUUCAAGAAGUAUCCAGGAUCAGACGCUUGGGUUCCCCUUAUCCAUUGCUUUGGGAGAACAUUCAAUGGGAAAUCCUUAGUUUGGAAAUAUCGAACGGAAAUAUAUUCAAAUGUUUCUGCAACACGCGUUUGUUAGUUUAAAAAUGUUUCCGAUAAGUAGCACCAUCAACUGAUAUUUUCGAGGAGACUCACAUCUGCGGGUCAGCAAUUCUAGGAAGUUGGGGAUUAACCUCUUAAAUCCCCGUCAUGUUCAAUUAUACCAUUAAGUACUAACGUAUUUAGGUCAAAAAAUAUACCAAGUCAAGGGUCAUUUGUUUCAGUCAUCUACAACGUAGGAUCAGGCACAUAUAUACAUCGAUCCAAGUUGCUACACCUCAUUAGCACAACAAGAAAGUCAAAUUUAUAGAAGUAGUUACUUCAAUGGUAAUGCUAUGUGACUCAAGGCUUGUGGUCUUUUGUGUCAUUGUCUGUAUUUUUGUGAUUUUCACACCAUUGGCUUUUAAGCUUACCGAGGCAAAAAAACUAUAUAAUAGUGGGGGUAGGUAUUCCCUACUUGUUUGUAAUUAAAUUUGUUAUGUGAUGAAACUGGCCUAAGAUUUUAACGUUUAUGGGAUUUGUGCUUUUUUUAGUGACUUAUUACACAAAUUUAUUUUAAAGUUAUACAGAACAACAAACUACCUCAUGUCGAGAUAAAUUUCAAAAUAUACCUGUAUUAGCAAAAGUAGAAAGGAGUGGUCGGACGUCUUGGAGCUUGUACACCAUAAUUAAUAUAAAAGCUGUGACGUGAGCUAAUAUUUUAUUCAUAAUUCGGAAAGUUAUGGACAUUUCUUUCAGUAAGCGGAUUCUCCAAGCAUUCGAUGGAAAUUAAAGAGCUUCAGUAGGUUGUAUACCAUCAUUUUCUGGAAAUGCUUCUCCUUACUAAACGCUUUUGUACUAUUCGAAUGUGGUUCUUCUACUUUUGGAAGUUAGGUGUACUCUAGCAAUUCUUAGUUGUAGUUCACACUAUAGAAGUUCAUUUUGACUCAAAGCAAGACUUCAUGAAAAAGGCUAUAGAUAUAACUUCUUGAAUUGAAUGAAAAGCAUUUUCAUCUGGUCCUACGCUUAAUUUGACGUACAUACUGAGUUCUAGUGUCUUUCAAGUCUGAUUGGUGACUCAUUUAAGUAUGUCGAAGUGUCCAACAGAUUAUUAUUGUCUGUCUGUAAUCUGGUUGCUUAUUCUCUUCAUUUUAAUUAGCUUUCACUGCAACCAAUUUCAAUUCUAAGCGCUGGUGCCGAUGAAGAAAAGGCAGAAACCGCCCGACUUUCUUCCUUCAUUGGAGCCAUUGCUAUCGGUGAUCUUGUUAAGACUACUUUGGGUCCUAAAGGAAUGGACAAAAUCCUCCUCUCAUCCGGAGAAACUGUCGAAGUGACAAAUGAUGGUGCUACUAUUCUGAAGUCAAUCGGGGUAGAUAAUCCUGCAGCUAAGAUCCUUGUUGAAAUGAGUAAAGUUCAAGAUGAUGAGGUUGGUGAUGGCACAACUUCAGUAACUGUUCUAGCCGCAGAAUUAUUGCGUGAAGGUGAACAACUAAUUGCUGCUAAGCUUCAUCCUCAAACUAUUGUACAAGGUUGGCGUGAGGCUACUAAACUGGCCUUAGCGGCUCUUGAUUCGGCUGCACAUCAGUUAUCAAACCAGUCAGAUGCUGAAUUCCGUAACCGUCUGUUAAGUAUUGCACGUACAACUUUGAGUUCCAAGCUCCUGACACAACAUAAAGAACACUUUGCAAAUUUAGCGGUAGAUGCUGUUCUUCGUCUCAAAGGUAGUGGAAAUCUUGAUGCUAUUCAAAUUAUUCAGAAGCUGGGUGGAACCAUGACUGAUUCUUAUUUGGAUGAAGGCUUUCUUCUGGAUAAACGACCUGGUGUAAACCAACCUAAAAGAGUGAAAAACGCCAAAAUACUGAUCGCCAACACUCCUAUGGAUGCAGAUAAAAUUAAAGUAUUUGGAAGCAAGAUCCAAGUAGAUGCUAUUUCAAAGGUGGCUGAAUUAGAACUAGCCGAAAAGCAAAAAAUGAAAGACAAAGUCGACAAAAUUUUAAAGCAUAACUGUUCAGUAUUUAUUAAUAGGCAGUUAAUAUAUAACUACCCCGAGCAGUUGUUUGCUGAUGCUGGUAUUAUGGCAAUUGAGCAUGCAGAUUUCGAAGGUGUGGAAAGGUUGGCUCUAGUUACUGGUGGAGAAAUCGUUUCCACAUUCGACUCUCCGGAGACUACAAAAUUAGGACAUUGUGAUUUGAUAGAAGAAGUUACAAUUGGUGAAGACAAGUUACUUCGAUUCAGCGGUGUUGCUAUGGGUGAGGCUUGCACGAUUGUCUUGAGGGGUGCUACAAAAAGUAUCCUGGCAGAAGCAGAACGCUCUCUUCAUGACGCUUUGUGUGUUUUGGCUCUCACAGUAAAAAAUCCCCGGACAGUUUGUGGUGGUGGAGCUAUGGAGAUGUGGAUGGCUGAAGCAGUAGCACAGGGUGCUGCUAAAACACCAGGAAAAAUAUCUUUAGCUAUGGAGUCCUUCGGUCGAGCUUUGAGACGCUUGCCUUCUAUAAUAGCAGAUAAUGGUGGUUAUGAUAGCGCAGACUUGAUCUCUCAGUUACGUGCUUCUCAUGCAAAUGGUGAAAAAUCCAUGGGUUUGGAUAUGAACAAUGGAGUAAUUGCCGAUAUGAAUGAACUCGGGAUUAUUGAAUCAUAUGACGUAAAGCAUCAUUUGGUGACAUCAGCUGCAGAAGCUGCGGAAAUGAUAAUACGUGUAGAUGACAUCAUUAAAGCUGCUCCUCGUCGUCGAGCUCCUCGAAGGCAUUAAACAAAAUUAGCUUUAUCACCAAUUGUUUGUGAAGUAAACAAUAAAUUCAUCAGUUGGAAUCAUGAAAUAUAAGUUGUUUGUAUAUUGAAUUUUAUUUCUUUCAUUUAGAAAUGUUACUAUUAUUUACCUUUUUCGGAAUGUCUUCUAAGGGUUCGUUUGUUUAAUCUGAUCAGUGCAUUGGAAAACUAAUUUAAUAAUUUAGUAUGUCCUACGAAUCGUGAAUUUAAGAUCAUUGUUGUGCUUAAUAAUAUGGAUGUGAAUGUAUCUAAGAUGAGAAUUAAUAAAAUUAUGGAAAUCCAAACUUAAAAUUUCACAUGGAUGAAUAUGUGGUAUUCUGGAG